AUGCUUGAGAGCACGAUGCCCUUUCCCAGCGCAGAAGAUGAUACAAAGACAACAGACAUUUCCUCAUCGUCGCCAAAGAGUUCACUGCCACAAAACCCACCCUUUGAGGCACCACUGGUGGACGAGAAUGGCCUGCGCGCCGGCUUUUGGGCCAGGCGGGCCAAGCAAUGCCCAUGGCAGAAGGCCGUCGGACCCAGGAAGAGGCCCUGGGAGAAGCUAUAUGCCCUUCUCGCACUCCCAGUACAGAGAGAGCCAGCGUUACGAAGGGAAAGGAAUCCAUCCGACUUUGACAAUCAUGUGGCCCAGAAGAAGGCCAACAUCGAGGCCCAGACAGUUGGCACUUCAGUGCCCAUUGAUGCCCAUUGUGACCAUUGUCAGCGAGCAAAUGGGCGGUUCACCUCCUGUGUCGUUGCACCGAGCCUUGCUAAAACAAUGCCGGAAUGCGCCAACUGCCAUUGGGGAGGCGUAGGCCACCGAUACAAAUUUGCCAAGGCAGCGCAAAAGGCCGGAAUAUCAGGGGACAACAGCCGUUCUUCUAGCAAAGAUACCCCUAGCAAUGUUCCGGAGACUCUGGAAGAUCCGGCUCCGGCAAUCAAUAACGCCGUCUAUACUAAGGUUAGGCUACAAACCUUAGUACAACAACCGAAUCAGCUGGAGGAGCUAGUUGAGUAUCACAACCGGCUGGUUGUGAGAAAGGCAGAGAUACUGGGGGCUAUUGCGGCUAAACAAAUGGCCGCUGAUAGGCUGGAUGAAGAGAUGGAGGCCGUUGAGGUGAUGAUCAAUGAGGCAUAA